CCACCAAAACCUCUCAAUUUCUUUCUUCUUUCUCCUCCUCAAGCAAAGAUCAUCAUCUCACGGAAUGUCAGAUUCAAUUCACCGGAGAAAAGUUCCGACUCCGGUCGGAAAUGGAGGCCGGAGCUCCAGGACAAGACGAACAGCUUUCCGAUGUGUUUCCGACAAGAACAAUCGCUCUAAAUCGAGUAAUAAGGUUUUUGAACGAAGUUUCUCAGAACCGAGUCUAAAUCGCCGCCGCGAUGGAGAGAGUAAUCACUUACGGCGACCAUCGCCGAUGAGAGGUUUGACGAUGGAAGAAUCCGAACCGAUCGUUUACUUGCCACGGAUUCGCUCUGAGGUUUUCGCUUCAUCUCCGUCGUUGUUGAACUUAUCUUCACCGGCGUCUUUAUCUCCGAUCAAUCAAGAGGGUAAUACAAAAGAAGCACCCAAAGUAGUAAUCAGUGUAGCAGUAGAAGGAAGUCCUGGACCUGUAAGAGCAAUGGUUAAAUUGAGUUGCGACGUCGAGGAAACGAUCAAGAUUGUCGUGGACAAAUACUGCAAAGAAGGACGAACUCCGAAACUCGAUGGAGAUUCUGCCUUUGAAUUGCAUCAGUCACAUUUCAGUAUCCAGUGUUUGGAGAAAAGAGAAAUAAUCGGAGAGAUAGGAAGUAGAAGCUUCUACAUGAGAAAGAAAGCUCAUGAAACCGAAGUUUCGUUUGCCGGGAUUACUCCGGUGAGAACUACCCUAAUUCCGUCGUCGAAUUUGAUCGGAUCGUGCAUCGCUCAGUUUAUCGGGAAAAUCAUAAGGAGAACGCGAAAGAUAUGGAACAUAUUGGCAAAGCAAGUUCAUGCACAGUUAGUAGUGAACCGCUAUAAGUAUCUUGAACCCAUCUUGGUCCACCAAACUCUUCACUUCACUAAAGAGUUCUCUAGAAAUGUUGUCAAUUAUGUCAAAAGAAUUCUAAAUGGGUUUAAGAGUUCAAAAGGUAUGAAUUCUUUUUCUUGGGGAUGUCUUGUUCGGUUCUUGAGUCAGCAUAGGAAGUUUAAAGAAACGGUUGGCGUGUACAUCGAAAUGCAUUAUUCUGGGAUUCCUCCAAGUUCACAUGCUAUAACCUCAGUGUUGAGAGCUUGUGGUAAGAUGGAGGAUAUGAUUGAUGGUAAGCCGAUUCAUGCUCAGGCUCUUAAAAAUGGAUUAUGUGGUUGUGUUUAUGUUCAGACAGGUCUGGUGGGUUUGUAUUCUAGACUCGGUUACAUUGAGAUGGCAAAGAAGGUUUUUGAUGAUAUUGAUGAGAAGAACACAGUUUCGUGGAACUCGCUUUUACAGGGGUAUCUGGAAAGUGGGAAUCUAGAUGAAGCUCGCGGAGUCUUUGACAAUAUUCCAGAAAAAGAUGUUGUGUCAUGGAAUCUGAUUAUCUCGAGCUAUGCAAAAAAAGGUGACAUGAGCAAUGCAUGCUCUUUGUUUCUGACGAUGCCUUUGAAAAGCUCGGCUACUUGGAAUAUUUUGAUUGGCGGGUAUGUGAAUUGCAGGGAAAUGAAACUAGCAAGAACCUAUUUCGAUACAAUGCCCCAGAAGAAUAGUGUCUCUUGGAUUACAAUGAUUUCAGGGUACACAAAACUGGGAGAUGUUCAGUCUGCUGAGGAGCUCUUCAGGCAGAUGUCUAAGAAAGACAAACUCGUCUAUGAUGCCAUGAUAGCUUGUUAUGCUCAAAACGGCAAGCCAAAGGAUGCUCUGAAGCUAUUCUCUCAGAUGCUUGAAAGUAAUUCAGAUAUUCAACCGGAUGAGAUCACACUCUCAAGUGUUGUGUCAGCUAAUUCACAGUUGGGUGAUACCAGUUUUGGUACAUGGGUUGAGUCAUAUAUAACUGAACGUGGAAUCAAGAUCGAUGAUCUCUUAAGUACAUCUCUAAUCGAUCUUUACAUGAAAGGCGGAGACUUUGCCAAAGCAUUCAAAUUGUUCAACGAUCUAAUCAAAAAGGACACAGUUUCUUACUCUGCUAUGAUCAUGGGCUGCGGGAUAAACGGCAUGGCCACAGAAGCAAACCGUUUGUUUAGAGAGAUGAUCGAAAAUAAGAUCCCUCCAAAUCUAGUAACAUUCACUGGACUAUUAUCAGCGUAUAGCCAUUCAGGUCUUGUUCAAGAAGGCUACAAAUGCUUUAACUCCAUGAAAGACCACAACCUGGAACCCUCCGCUGAUCAUUAUGGGAUAAUGGUGGAUAUGUUGGGACGAGCCGGGAGGCUAGAGGAGGCAUAUGAACUGAUCAAGAGUAUGCCGAUGCAGCCAAAUGCUGGAGUUUGGGGAGCGUUGCUUUUAGCCAGUGGGUUACACAACAACGUUGAAUUUGGAGAGAUUGCGUGCAGUCACUGCGUUAAACUCGAGACCGAUCCUACGGGUUAUCUUUCGCAUCUUGCUAAUAUAUAUACGUCUGUUGGUAGAUGGGACGAUGCAAGGAAUGUUAGAGACGGUAUGGAAGAGAAGAAACUGCGUAAGACACUUGGGUGUAGCUGGGUUGAGGGUUCAUAUCAUUGAGAUCUCGGGGAAUACGUAUAUUGGUUUCAGGCUAUACAGAUUUCGGUUUAGGAUCAUCAAUCAACAUCCGUGUGAAUGGUAAACCAGAAUGUGUAGCCGGUUAAGAGAUUAGUGAUCAGCUUCUACAUCCAAGAGUAGAAGAAACCGAAUAAAAAGUUGGAAAAAUA